CAGCAGCGUGUGUGGCAUUUCCGGAAACAGAGAGGGUGAGAACGGGAGCGCGCAUGGGUUAUUUUUGAACAUGGCUCAGUCAAACUCACUAAAAGCGAGUGUUCCGGCGUAUUUAAAAGAGGCACAGCUGAUUAAACAAGGCGCAGAGGCCCGUGUCUAUCGAGCUACGUUUUUGGGACGGCCCGUGGUUAUUAAAGAGAGAUUUACAAAAUUAUAUCGCCAUCCUGAAGUCGAUGAGAAACUGACGCGCCGCAGAACCACGCAGGAGGUGCGAUCCAUACUGCGCUGCAGGAGAGCAGGUAUCAACGCGCCUGUCGUGUACUUUGUUGACUACACCACUCACUGCAUUUUCCUGGAGGAUAUUGUCCACUCCGUGUCGGUGCGAGACCACAUCGCAUCAGAGCAAACCCCACAGCACCUCCAGGCUCUAGCGGUCAAGAUCGGCCAAGUCCUGGCUCAGAUGCACGAUGAAGACGUCAUCCACGGGGAUCUCACCACCUCCAACAUGCUUCUGAUCCCCGGAGACGAACAGCAACACGUUCACCUGGUUCUGAUCGACUUCGGCUUGAGUUACAUUUCUGCUCUCCCGGAAGAUAAAGGAGUUGACCUGUAUGUGUUGGAGAAAGCCUUUCUCAGCACUCACCCCAAAACAGAGACUUUGUUUGAGGAACUUCUGAAAAGUUACUCGGCUUCGUCCAAAAAGUCCUCUGCGGUCAUCAAGAAGCUGGACGAGGUUCGGUUGAGAGGACGGAAGAGGUCUAUGGUCGGAUAAAAUACAUGUUAGUGCCACACAAGUUUUAUUUUUACAAGCUUUUGCUGUUGGAAAUGAAAAGUUCAUAUAAAUGUAAAGAUGACCACAAGUUCUUGAUUCAUAAAUAGAGCCUUAAAUUAAGAGACCUACAUUUGCACAUGGAAAGCCUUUGAUUAUUUUUUGAAAAUGUGUUUAUAAGGAAUUUUGGUGAAGAUUAGUCAUGUUUUUCUUACAGUAGUGUUAAAUAUAAAUAAUAAUAUAAUGCAAUAAUUGUUAAAAAACGACAGCUGUAUAUUUUGAACCCCACUAAAAAUACAUUCAAAAUCAGCUUCUCAACAGGUUCAUCCUUCCUAUAAAAUUUGUGUAAAUGUAACCAAUAAAGAACUGGAUUCAAAUGUG